AUCUCAUGCUGUUGCAUGCGUCAAUCAAUUUAUCAUCAGCAGAACUCAAGCUCUUAUGUUGCACAUAGAUUCUUUUAUUGAGAAUCUUUUUGCACUGGCUGGUGAUGAGGAGCCUGAAGUACGCAAAAACGUUUGCCGUGCUCUGGUAAUGUUGCUGGAAGUUCGAAUGGAUCGCCUGCUUCCUCAUAUGAUUAGUAUAGUUGAGUAUAUGCUUCAGAGGACCCAGGACCAAGAUGAAAACGUGGCUUUGGAGGCUUGCGAGUUUUGGCUGACUUUGGCUGAACAGCCAAUUUGUAAAGAUGUAUUAUGUCGGCAUCUUACUAAACUGAUACCUGUGCUGGUAAAUGGUAUGAAAUAUUCAGAGAUUGAUAUUAUUCUGUUGAAGGGGGAUGUUGAAGAAGAUGAAGCUAUUCCAGAUAGUGAACAGGACAUAAGACCUCGUUUUCAUCGUUCACGGACGGUAGCUCAGCAACAUGAAGAAGAUGGUAUUGAAGAUGAUGAUGAUGACGAUGACGAUGAUCUUGAUGAUGACGAUACUAUUUCUGACUGGAAUUUAAGGAAAUGUUCUGCUGCUGCUCUAGAUGUCCUGGCUAAUGUAUUUCGUGAUGAACUUCUGCCACACAUCUUGCCCCUUUUGAAGGAAUUGCUCUUCCAUCCCGAAUGGGUAGUUAAAGAAUCAGGUAUCCUUGUUCUUGGAGCAAUUGCUGAAGGCUGUAUGCAGGGUAUGAUUCCAUAUCUUCCUGAGCUGAUCCCUCACCUUAUUCAGUGCCUCUCUAACAAAAAGGCUCUUGUGCGCUCCAUUACAUGCUGGACUCUUAGUCGCUAUGCACACUGGGUAGUUAGUCAACCCCCAGACACAUACUUGAAGCCAUUAAUGACUGAGUUGCUAAAGCGUAUUCUGGAUAGCAACAAGAGAGUACAAGAAGCUGCCUGCAGUGCCUUUGCUACUCUAGAAGAGGAGGCUUGUACAGAGCUUGUUCCUUAUCUUGCGUAUAUACUUGACACUUUGGUCUUCGCAUUUAGUAAAUACCAGCAUAAAAACCUGCUCAUUCUUUAUGAUGCUAUAGGAACUCUAGCAGAUUCUGUAGGACAUCAUCUAAAUAAACCAGAAUAUAUUCAGAUGCUAAUGCCUCCAUUAAUCCAGAAGUGGAACAUGUUGAAGGAUGAAGAUAAAGAUCUCUUCCCUUUAUUAGAGUGCCUGUCGUCAGUUGCUACUGCCUUGCAAUCUGGCUUUCUUCCGUACUGUGAACCUGUGUACCAGCGUUGUGUAAAUCUGGUGCAGAAGACUCUUGCACAAGCCAUGUUGCACAAUGCUCAGCCAGACCAAUAUGAGGCUCCAGAUAAAGAUUUCAUGAUUGUGGCUCUUGAUUUACUCAGUGGUUUAGCUGAAGGACUUGGAGGCAACAUUGAACAGCUAGUGGCUCGCAGCAAUAUCCUGACACUAAUGUACCAAUGCAUGCAGGAUAAAAUGCCUGAGGUACGGCAGAGUUCUUUUGCAUUGUUAGGUGAUCUGACAAAGGCGUGUUUUCAGCAUGUUAAGCCUUGCAUCGCUGAUUUCAUGCCCAUUUUGGGAACCAACCUAAACCCUGAAUUCAUUUCUGUGUGUAACAAUGCCACCUGGGCAAUUGGAGAAAUCUCCAUCCAGAUGGGUAUAGAGAUGCAGCCUUAUAUUCCAAUGGUGUUGCACCAGCUUGUAGAAAUAAUUAACAGACCCAACACACCAAAGACAUUGUUAGAGAACACAGCAAUAACAAUUGGUCGUCUUGGUUACGUUUGUCCUCAAGAGGUGGCCCCCAUGCUACAGCAGUUUAUAAGACCCUGGUGCACCUCUCUGCGAAACAUAAGAGACAAUGAGGAAAAGGAUUCGGCGUUCCGUGGGAUAUGUACCAUGAUCUCAGUCAAUCCCAGUGGAGUAGUCCAAGACUUUAUUUUUUUUUGUGAUGCUGUUGCAUCGUGGAUUAGUCCAAAAGAUGAUCUCCGAGACAUGUUCUGUAAGAUUCUUCAUGGAUUUAAAAAUCAAGUUGGGGAUGAGAAUUGGAGGCGUUUCUCUGACCAGUUUCCUCUUCCCUUAAAAGAGCGCCUUGCAGCUUACUAUGGAGUUUAACCUUAUGCACUGUAGCUGCAGUCCCAUAAUUAGAGGUCCUUCAGUCUGGGAGACUAUGAGGGAGCCUCUACACCCAGGGAAAAUGUUACCCUUUACUGGGGGGAAGGGUAAACCAGUAGGGAAUACAGUACAAUCCCAACCCUAC